GAAAUGGGACUGCAUCUACUGACAAACAAAAUGGAGACUUUCUUGAAUGCCCUCUGUGCCUUUUGCGUCUGUCUAGGGACAGAUUCCCAGAUAUCAUGACUUGCCCUCACAGGUCAUGUGCAGACUGCUUACGGCAGUACUUGAGGAUAGAGAUCUCUGAAAGUCGGGUUAAUAUCAGCUGCCCAGAAUGUACAGAGAGAUUCAAUCCACAUGAUAUCCAGUCAAUUUUAAAUGAUGAUGUGCUUAUGGAGAAGUAUGAGGAGUUUAUGUUACGCCGGUGGCUGGUGGCAGAUCCAGACUGUAGAUGGUGCCCUGCUCCAGAUUGUGGUUAUGCAGUGAUAGCGUUUGGCUGUGCCAGCUGUCCUAAACUCACUUGUGCCCGUGAAGGAUGUGGCACUGAGUUCUGUUACCACUGUAAGCAAAUAUGGCAUCCAAAUCAGACUUGCGAUGCAGCACGUCAACAGAGAGCGCAGAGUUUGCGAUUAAGAACAAUACGCUCUUCAUCAAUCAGCUACAGUCAGGAAUCUGGUGCAGCAGGUACAGAAAACUGGACUCUUCGUAGAUACGUUCAGGACGAGAUUUCGGGAAGAAAGGGGUUACCUGAAAUAAACAGCCUCCUGGUCAAUCAGAUUUUACCAUCUCGCUCCACAGAUGAUAUUAAGCCUUGUCCACGAUGUGCAGCAUACAUAAUAAAAAUGAAUGAUGGAAGCUGCAAUCAUAUGACUUGUGCAGUAUGUGGUUGUGAGUUCUGUUGGCUCUGCAUGAAAGAAAUCUCUGACUUACACUAUCUAAGUCCAUCUGGCUGUACGUUUUGGGGAAAGAAACCUUGGAGUCGUAAAAAGAAGAUUCUGUGGCAGCUUGGCACGUUGGUUGGUGCUCCUGUUGGAAUAGCUCUCAUUGCAGGGAUUGCCAUUCCAGCCAUGAUUAUUGGGAUUCCUGUAUAUGUAGGCCGAAAGAUUCAUAAUCGCUAUGAAGGAAAAGAUAUUUCAAAGCAUAAACGGAACUUGGCAAUCACUGGAGGCGUGACGUUAUCAGUAAUUGUUUCUCCUGUUGUCGCUGCAGUAACUGUAGGUAUUGGGGUUCCCAUUAUGCUGGCAUAUGUAUAUGGAGUAGUCCCCAUCUCACUGUGCCGUAGUGGUGGCUGUGGUGUUUCUGCUGGCACUGGGAAGGGGGUGCGGAUAGAAUUUGAUGAUGAAAAUGAUAAUGCUGGUGGAGGAAAUGCAGCAUUGGAUACCACUUUUGUUGUUGAGGCCCGCAAUAACCCCAGUAUCGGAGAGGGCAGUGUUGGGGGCCUAACGGGCAGUUUGAGUGCCAGUGGCAGUCACAUGGAUAGAAUAGGUGCAAUACGAGACAACCUGAGUGAAACAGCAAGCACAAUGGCACUGGCUGGAGCUAGUAUCACAGGCAGCCUUUCUGGAAGUGUGAUGGUCAAUUGUUUCAAUAGAUUAGAGGUGCAGGCAGAUAUUCAAAAGGAACGCUGCAGCCUCAGUGGUGAAUCUGGCACGGUCAGUAUUGGGACCAUCAGUGACAAUGCCAGCACAAGGGCCAUGGCAGGAUCCAUUAUCAAUUCCUACAAUCCACUGGACAGAGAAGGCAACAGUUUGGAGGUGCAAGUUGACAUUGAAUCAAAGCCUGCAAAGUUCAGACACAACAGUGGAAGCAGUAGUGUGGAAGACAGCAGCAUGCCUGGUCGUAGUGUAGCAAUUUUACCUACAGCCCCUGUUCUGGACAAUCGAUGCAGUGCCUCCAAGUGGCCCAAAGAAGCAACAACUAAAAAGUGCAAGGGAAAGCUGCAGAAGAGAGGCAGUAUGAAGAUAAACGAAACUCGGGAAGAAAUGGAUGCACAGUUACUUGAACAAAGAAGCACCAAUUCAAGUGAGUUUGAUUCUCCGUCUCUUAGUGACAGUAUUCCAUCUGUGGCAGACUCUCACUCCAGCCAUUUUUCAGAAUUUAGUGGAUCCGACAUGGAGAGCACGAAGACUUCUUGUAGCCAUGGUUCGAGUGACUACCACAGUCGGUUUUCAGCAGUCAGUCCCCUACCAGAGGUGGAGAAUGAUCGUCUAGAGACAUGCCCAUCACAAGGUGGUCUCGUUGCUUCUGUUACAACAGGGCCAAAUGCAGAUAUCUUGCAGCUGAGCUUCAUUGCAGAGGAGAAUGGGGCUGCAACUUCAGGAGUGUCAAACUAUGCCACUGAGGAGGUAGAAAAUGUAACCAAUAAUAACCAGUUGCAACAGACCAGUGCAAUUCAAACUGAGAUUUAAUCCUUUCAUGCUGCGAUUCUGAUCAUAUGAUAUUGCUAAUCAGUCCUGCUUACAGUUGAUUAUAUGAUAGUUGAUAUAAAAAGAAACCAAUAACUUGGAAACUGAAACCGGUGCUUAUUAACCAACAAGAUCAUGGAUUUUGAAGGUCAGGGUUAAACAUGUCAUUUGAGUGUCUCCAGUUCAAUGUUGAAGUUUGGGGACAUGAGUAGGUGCAGUUUUGAGAGAGGUGUUUAUUGGACAGUGCUGAUGUCUCACAGGUAACGUGAGAAAAGUGAUGGUCUUCCUCUGUCACUUAAAUGUGUAUGGUGUGUUGUAAAAUAGUAAAAGAAUGUGCAACUGAGUUGGCAAAACCCCAAAGUGCAAGCAGAAAUUCGUUGAAGAUUACAUCAGGAAAGAAACACUUUCUUGACUGGUUCCUUUCAGUUAUCAACAAUUGACUCUCCCUCACUGUUUCCUGGUGCCUUUGGAAAAGUCUGUUUAAUACCUAUGUUAUUAAGGAUAUAUUUAUAUUUCUCUUUAAAAAGAAAACUGUAUUGGUCUACAGUAUAUCACAGGAGAAUGCUAAGAAAAUGCAGUUGGAUUAAAGUUGUGUAUAAUGAAUGAAGAUCUUAAAAAUAUAACCCCAUAUUAGCCUACCAAAGACAGUACUCAGGCUUUAGAAAAUGUUUUGCAUAACAGAUUUAACUGGGUUCUUUGUUCUGAAAUAGCAAGUGUUCAAAGCAAAUGAAUGCUGCUGAUGCAGUUUGUUACACACCGAAAGCACAGUGCAAAAUUUGCACUUUGCUUUGUUGGGAGCAUUAGAGAAGAUAGGUGAAGACUAUGGCCUUUUUUCUUUGUGUGGCAAGACACUAAAAAAAAAACUCGAGGGCUGUCUUCAGCCCGUAAUGGUGCACUGUUAAAAUUACAACAUACUUCACUGAAAUGCAAAAUAAAUUCAUUAAAUGUGAGUAUGUUUUGCGCAUUUAUGCAGUGUUUCGUUUAUGUUGCCAUGUUGAUAAUGCUUGAAAUCUUAUCCUUCUGAACAGAGGAAUAACAAGUCAGAAGUUGCAGUCUUUUUAAUUUUCUUUAAGCUUUGGAACACUAGUGCCAGUUACAGUGUACGUUGCAUUAUGCUUGUUUUGUUUUUUGUAUAUUUGUUUGCAAGCUGGUUUGCCUAACAGGAUGACUGUAAGAUGCAUAUCUAAAAUAAAAUAUAAUUAAAAAUCA